UGCUCCACAAAGAUGACAGAUUCUUGGCUGUUAGACUACGAUCGCUGUGCCCAGCUGGGGCAGGAUAUUAUGGAAAAGAUUACAGAGCGAAAUAAACACAACAGGACCAGCAAACCAUAUACAAAGUUGUCGGCGCAAGUGCGGUCUUCUAUGAAGCAAUUUUCUGGAGAUGUUGAGAAGCUGAAAAAUGGUCUCAUCAGGGCAACAUCAUCAUACCACAUCACUCAGCGUGAGGUUGAUCGUAGACAAGGGAUGAUGGAUAAACUGAUUACAAAGGAGAAACACUUGGAGACAGCUUUCAGGAAUGAGGGUGGCGAGUCCAGGGCUGGUUUGAUGGCUGGAGGCUCUGACGAUCCUUGGGGUGUAAGGGAAGAACCCGCAGAGUUCCAUGGUAUCGGCAAUAUGGGGCUACGGGAUCAUCAGCAGCAAAUAAUCAGAGAGCAAGAUCGUGGGUUGGAUGCUUUGUCAAAUGUGAUAUCAAGACAGAAGAACAUGGCCCUGGACAUCGGAAAUGAGGUUGGACAGCAGAAUGAAAUACUUGAUGACAUCAUUGAUCACACUGACCGUACGGGACAGCGGUUGAUCAAGGAGACAAGACACAUCAGAAUAGUGGACAGGAAGUCUGCUACAUGCGGUUUCUGGGUGGUAAUCAUACUACUGUUUGUUGCCAUCAUCGUCGUCGCUGUUGUGCCUGGUGGAAAGUCCCUGUGAACACCAAACAUUCUGUGAUACAAGAGAGCUUAAAAUGUACAUGUAUAUAUGUGUGGGAGAAAUGAUGCAUGUGUGAUGAAAAUGAUUUACAUUCAAAACUUGUUGGCUGCAAUAUCCCAGGGACCAGCCAAAUGCUUCGAGCCUCGCGAAUAUUGAGCCAAUCAGAAAUGCUUACAAAGACUAAAACAAAAUAGUACCUUCACAUCCAGUUUGAGCCAACAAGGAAAUUGAGCCAAGCAAUAUCGAGCCAACUGGUUUUGACUGUAUAUAUAAUUUUAUAUAUAUAUCUGUUGCAUCACAGGUUUUUGGACCAUUGUUGAUUUUUAUCAGAAUUGAUUUUUUCAUGUGGUAAUAUAGUUUAACUUACUCUGAGAACAGCAAUGAAAAUUAUUUCCAGUUAGAUACUACCAAUUUAAUGCCAAAGUUCCUUGUUGUGAAAUGGUGACUGUUAAUAUGUAAGUGUUGGUUAGAGGACCAAGUUUUAUUCCCUGUUAAUAAUCAGAAUACAUGUAAAACAAAUCUGAAUACAAUGUUUUACCUUAAUGCAUUAAAACAUAUUUGUAAUUGGUCGUGAAAAAUUAUAGACACCAAAAAUCUUUGUUUUUAUGUUUUAACCUUCACAAAGAAAUUGAAACUGAAUCGAGAAAUAAACCAAACUUCAGUUUUGGCCUGUUAUUUGUUAAUUUGUAUAAAAAAUAACUUUACAAUGUAUGAAUUUUAUAAAUGAUGUUAAUUCAGUGUAUGUGUUUAUUGAUAAUGUUGAAUUACAUGUGCAAUAUUUAUAUUUUAUAUAUUUUACUUAUAAAUCUAUAUAUGAAUGACUUAAACGAAUAAAGCAAACAUUUCAAAAUAAACAAGGAAAAUACAGUUUUUCCGAAAUUUUACUGUAAGUGUAUGUCAUAUUAUUUAUUGCUUCUAACUGCCCCAAUAGCUCAGUGGUAGAGUGUUCGCUUCGGGCUAAAAGAUCCUUGGUUCAAUCAUGACUAUGUCAUACUGAAAGAAAUUGAAAUAUGGUACCCUGGACUGGUAUUCAAUAUUGGUCUUUAUUGGAUCUUAGAACGAUGUAGCUAAUCGGAUUAUUUGUUACUAAUAACUGACCAAUAGAUUGAUUGAAGUCAAUGAUGUAUGACAUAGGAUUGUUAUAUAUUGAAUACCACCCCAUUAUAAAAGUAUAAAAAUACUAAUCGUGUUCCGGGAGGGACGUUAAAUGGGGGUCCCUUUUGGCAGUGCUAUACACUGGUGCACGUUUAAGAACCAGGGUAGCUCUAACCAGGGUUACAUUCUGUCUGUGCACUAUGCUCCAAAAACCUAAAAUGACUAAAAAUCUUAACGGAGCACUCGCCGAAUGGGCAAGGCCCGAGUGCGAGUAUAAAUAAAUUUUCACACCUCUACGAAAGUAUAGCUCCCUGAACUGAUGAUCAACAUUAGAGGGUAGUUCUGGAAGCUUAAAACCCAGGAAAGCUUUCUCGCAUGAAUCAGAAAGAGCACUUGGUUUGCAAAGCUAUAAUGCAGCCAAUGGGUGCUGGCAGACCUUUAUGAACUCCAUGCAUAUUGAAUGGAACAUUCAAUGUAAUGACUGUAUGCUUUAUCUCAUUGUUUUAAGUUAAGCCAUGAUUACAUUCGUGAUUGCAAAUAUCUUUUUAUAAAUAUAUAACACAUUUUCUUAUAGUUACAAUUGUUAUUGUUACAAUUGUCAUAUUCUAGGGGAGACAACUAUAUAUGUUUCAAAUAAAGUCAUUCUUAGUUACACCCCUUCAUGAUUAACCUUGAUUAUCUAUUUAAUAUAAUUUAAAAAAUGGGCAUUAGUGACAGUUUUAUUUUAUGAAGGGGAGAAUUUUGUUUAAAUGAGAAAUACGGAAUAUGGAAUGUUUUAAGUGUCAUAUGUUGAUGUUUUGUUUUUUAAUGUUAUGCAUAAAUGUGACUUCGUUAAUAUGUAUUAACAGUUUCAAGUUACUCACACCUGCUUGCAAGAUGCUAUGCUUGCAAUGUGGUAUUUCAAUCUGCACUGCAAUUCUGUUGAAAUGAAAUGAAAUAUACCACUUGUGCAUAAAAGUUAUCUGAAGUUAUCCAAUGUACAAAUUAAUUUGUCAUAUCAUUUAGAGCCAUGAGAAAAAGUUAAAUUUGGUUGCCUAAUGAUCCAAUAUAAGUUUUUCAUACUAUGAAUGAAAAUGUUUUGCUGAUUGAUUUCUAAUUUGUAAAAUAAUUGAUCAGAAAACAGUAUAAAUUUAUUCUCAU